AUGCCUUGCCAAAACUGCUAUACUCCGAAUGCCUUAUCUACAAUUGCUAUAAUAAUGAUGGAAAUUUUGAUAGUCUUGUACACGUUUUGGUCAGCAAACCACAAAAUCGAUGAGAAACACCUGGUCAUGGAUAAAGCCAAGUCCAUAGUAAGACAGCUAGACGCCAUAGACAACAUCAUAUUUUCUCACAGUCCGGUUUACAAUUUUAUCAAGACAAAGAUAAACGCCGCGGUGGAUGCCAUGGACAACGAGGACGACGAUUUAGCCGUCGAGUACUUUACCGACGCCCUGCUUUUGAUUGGACCCAAUCAAAAAGUUUUGAGAUUAAUGCAUAAUAAUUUACCCAGACACAUUAUAACAAAAAUCAAACACUGUUACGGCAAAUACUUAGAAGAAGUAGACGACAUAGAAAGAUAA